AUGGCGACAACGACCCAGCGAAGCCUUCCCACGCGGCACAACCCGCUUCUGCUCGAGAAUGUUCCUGACUAUCUCGACCUUGUUCAGCGCCGUCGGCUUGGUCAAACCAAGCUUACCCCUAAGAUGGUUGGCGGUGACGAGGCCGAGGCUGCCACUCUUGGUGUCUUCGAUUACGCGCACCUGCGGGCGCCCCUGCCCAAAGGCAUCGUUUCCGGAAUCUUCAAGUCGAGCCCGACGAGCUAUUUUCUCAUGCGCCGAAGCUUCGACGGCUACGUUUCCGCCACGGGCAUGUUCAAGGCCACAUUCCCCUACGCUGAGGCCUCGGAUGAGGAAGCCGAGCGCAAGUACAUCAAGUCUCUCCCGACGACCAGUCCGGAGGAGACUGCUGGCAACAUCUGGAUUCCCCCGGAGCAGGCUCUGGCUUUGGCCGAAGAAUACUCUAUUGGUGUUUGGAUCCGCGCUUUGCUAGACCCUGCAAAGAUUUCUGUAUCCUCAACCUCGCACCCCGAGUCUCCCCAAAAGAUUAUCGCCGCGCCGCCGAAAUUCGAUUUAGCCAAGGCCUCUGCAAAGCUUGCACCGCCAUCAACGGCCACCAUGGCCAAAAGCGCUCGCAGCCGCCGAUCUGUCAGCCCCACAAAGGGUUCGAGACGUGCUCCUGCCUCUCCGCGGAAGCGUAAAACUCAAUCCAAAGCCAGCUCGAUGGAGCCUGCGGCGGACAAAGCGGAAGUUAAUGGCGACUCCAAGAAGGGCAAACAGGAGGCCCCUGCCAUGAAAACGAGCGAGUUUGAGCCUGCCGUGAUUUUGGAACCCAGGACCGAGGAUGCAACCAUGAAGAUACGUGUGGAUGAAGUUUCAAAGGAUGCUGCCGGUCAUGAGACCAAGCAUAUCGUUACGGAGGUUGAUGUUCCUUUUCCCAUGGCAGGGGAGCCACCUAGUGCUGAAGAAGUCGCUAAAAUGAUGGAAGCAGCCAAGGAGAUGGUACAGAGGGACAGGGAAGCGGACGAAAAACAUGCAGAGCAACAUAAGACGCCUGAUGACGAGGGCAAGGACACAACCGCAGCCACACCCACGGCCACAAUCAAAAAGGGCAAGCGCAAGGCUGCUGAUAUCUCUGUGUCUGAGAAGGACGACGAAAAAUCGCCGAAUAUGGUUGAAGAAGCUAAAGAAGAGCAGCCGCGGGCAAAGAAAGUCAAAACUGAGGCAGAGUUACGGAAAGACCGAGUCAAGAACCGAGCUCUGUUUGGUAUUGGGGCCACAGUUGCAGUUGGUGCUCUCGUUCCAUGGCUGGUUAACUUCUUGUAA